UCCUCGGUGCCAGCAACCCCAGGGCCCGGGACAUGGCCCCCUGGCGCAAAACUGACAAGGAGCGUCAAGGCGUGGCCAUAUAUAAUUUUCAAGGCAGUAGAGCCCCCCAGCUCUCCCUGCAUAUUGGUGAUGUGGUACGGAUCCAGGAAACCUGUGGAGAUUGGUACAGGGGAUACCUGAUGAAGCACAAAAUGUUAGAGGGGAUAUUUCCCAGAUCCUUUAUUCACAUCAAAGAAGUUACAAUUGAAAAAAGAAGAAAUACUGAGAACAUUAUUCCUGCUGAGCUUCCCCUGGCACAAGAAGUAACAACAACGCUUUGGGAGUGGGGCAACAUCUGGAAGCAGCUGUAUGUGGCCAGUAAAAAAGAGCGGUUUCUCCAAGUGCAGAGCAUGAUGUAUGACCUGAUGGAAUGGAGGUCUCAGCUGCUGUCCGGGACUUUGCCAAAAGAUGAGCUGAAGGAACUGAAGCAGAAAGUCACUUCAAAAAUUGACUAUGGCAACAGGAUCCUUGAGCUAGAUCUGAUUGUCAGAGAUGAAGACGGAAAUAUUUUGGAUCCUGAUAAAACCAGUGUCAUCAGCCUGUUCCAUGCACAUGAGGAAGCCACAGAUAAAAUCACUGAGCGCAUCAAAGAAGAAAUGUCUAAGGAUCAACCAGAUUAUGGAAUAUAUUCCCGGAUCUCCUCCUCCCCGACACACAGCCUCUAUGUCUUUGUAAGGAACUUUGUAUGCCGAAUUGGAGAGGAUGCUGAACUAUUCAUGUCACUCUAUGAUCCCAACAAGCAAAUGGUCAUAAGUGAGAAUUACUUGGUGCGAUGGGGAAGUAAAGGCUUCCCAAAGGAAAUUGAAAUGCUGAACAACCUGAAGGUCGUCUUCACGGAUCUAGGGAACAAAGAUCUCAACAGGGAUAAAAUUUAUUUAAUUUGUCAAACUGUCCGAGUUGGGAGGAUGGAUCUCAAGGAUACUAAUUUAAAGAAAUGUACUCAGGGAUUGAGGCGGCCAUUUGGGGUGGCAGUUAUGGAUAUAACAGACAUCAUCAAGGGGAAAGCAGAAAGUGAUGAAGAGAAGCAGCAUUUCAUCCCUUUUCAUCCGGUAACAGCUGAAAAUGAUUUCCUACACAGUCUCCUGGGCAAGGUUACAGCCUCAAAGGGGGACAGUGGAGGUCAAGGCCUCUGGGUGACAAUGAAAAUGCUGGUUGGAGACAUCAUUCAGAUCCGGAAGGACUAUCCCCACCUGGUAGACAGGACUACAGUUGUGGCCAGGAAGCUUGGUUUUCCUGAAAUCAUCAUGCCUGGGGAUGUCAGGAACGACAUCUACAUCACCCUCUUACACGGAGACUUUGACAAGUACAAUAAGACGACGCAGAGAAACGUGGAAGUGAUCAUGUGUGUCUGUGCGGAGGAUGGCAAAGUGCUUCCCAAUGCCAUUUGUGUGGGAGCUGGAGACAAACCUAUGAGUGAAUACAGAUCUGUCCUCUACUAUCAAGUCAAGCAGCCACGCUGGAUGGAAACUGUCAAGGUGGCUGUCCCAAUUGAAGACAUGCAGAAGAUCCACUUGCGUUUCAUGUUUCGACACCGAUCCUCCCUAGAGUCUAAAGAUAAAGGGGAAAAGAAUUUUGCCAUGUCCUAUGUGAAGCUGAUGAAGGAGGAUGGAACCACUCUGCAGGAUGGGUACCAUGAUUUGUUAGUCUUGAAGGGGGACAGCAAGAAGAUGGAGGAUGCCAGUGCUUACCUGACUCUUCCUUCCUAUCGGCACCAUGUUGAAAGCAAGGGCUCCACCUUGAGCCGGAGUUCCAGCAGUGUGGGAGGACUCUCCAUCAGUUCCAGAGAUGUGUUCUCUAUUUCUACCCUCGUAUGCUCUACCAAACUUACUCAGAAUGUGGGUCUACUAGGUCUGCUAAAGUGGCGUAUGAAACCUGAACUACUACAAGAGAAUUUAGAAAAACUGAAAAUUGUGGAUGGAGAAGAAGUCGUGAAGUUUCUCCAAGAUACCUUGGAUGCCCUUUUUAAUAUCAUGAUGGAGCAUUCCCAAAGUAAUGAAUACGACAUCCUGGUCUUCGAUGCCUUGAUCUAUAUAAUAGGACUCAUCGCUGAUCGAAAAUUCCAACAUUUCAACACUGUCCUGGAGGCUUACAUACAACAACAUUUUAGCGCCACACUGGCUUACAAGAAAUUGAUGACAGUUCUGAAGACCUACUUGGAUACUUCCAGCAGAGGGGAGCAGUGUGAACCUAUCCUAAGAACCCUGAAAGCUUUGGAAUAUGUGUUCAAGUUCAUUGUUCGGUCGAGGACAUUAUUUUCACAACUUUAUGAAGGCAAAGAACAGAUGGAGUUUGAAGAAUCCAUGAGGCGACUCUUUGAAUCCAUCAACAAUCUGAUGAAAAGUCAAUACAAGACCACCAUCUUGUUGCAGGUGGCUGCUUUGAAAUAUAUCCCAUCUGUUCUCCAUGAUGUGGAAACUGUCUUUGAUGCUAAGUUACUCAGUCAACUCCUCUAUGAAUUUUACACUUGCAUCCCACCGGUCAAGCUUCAGAAACAAAAAGUGCAGUCCAUGAAUGAGAUAGUCCGGAGCAAUCUCUUUAAAAAACAAGAGUGCCGGGAUAUUCUGCUCCCAGUUAUCACCAAGGAACUAAAGGAGUUGCUGGAGCCAAAAGACGAGCAGCAAUACCAGGUCCAAGAGAAGAAAUACUGUGUUGAAUUACUCAACAGCAUCCUUGAGGUUCUCAGCUGUCAGGACCCUGCCUCAACUUACCAUCAUAUCCAAGAAAUCAUGGUUCAACUGCUUCGUACGGUGAAUCGGACAGUCAUUACCAUGGAGCGUGACCACAGUCUGAUUAGUCAUUUUGUGGCAUGCAUGACAGCCAUCUUAAACCAGAUGGGAGAUCAGCACUAUUCUUUCUACAUUGAGACUUUCCAGACCAGUUCUGAGCUUGUGGACUUCUUGAUGGAAACAUUCAUCAUGUUUAAGGAUCUCAUUGGGAAGAACGUGUAUCCCCAGGACUGGAUGGCCAUGAGCAUGGUCCAGAACAGGGUCUUUCUGAGAGCAAUCAACAAAUUUGCAGAAACCAUGAAUCAAAAGUUUCUGGAACAUACAAACUUUGAGGUCCAGCUGUGGAACAACUAUUUUCAUCUGGCAGUGGCUUUUAUCACCCAGGAUUCCCUGCAGCUGGAGCAAUUCUCUCAUGCCAAGUACAAUAAGAUCCUGAAUAAAUAUGGGGAUAUGAGGCGGUUAAUUGGCUUUGCCAUCCGCGAUAUGUGGUACAAGCUUGGGCAGAACAAAAUCUGCUUUAUUCCUGGGAUGGUUGGACCAAUUCUAGAAAUGACACUUAUUCCUGAAGUUGAACUUCGAAAAGCUACAAUUCCAAUCUUUUUUGACAUGAUGCUGUGUGAAUAUCAGAGAUGUGGAGAUUUCAAAAAGUUUGAAAAUGAAAUCAUCCUCAAUUUGGACCAUGAAGUGGAAGGAGGACGUGGCGAUGAGCAGUACAUGCAGCUGCUGGAGUCUAUAUUGGUAGAGUGUGCUGAACAUCAUCCAAGUAUCACCAAGUCCGUGGAGAACUUUGUAAUUCUUGUCAAAGGUCUCCUGGAGAAGCUGCUGGAUUACCGGGGUGUGAUGACUGAUGAGAGCAAGGAUAACCGCAUGAGCUGCACAGUGAACUUAUUGAAUUUCUACAAAGAUAACAACCGAGAGGAAAUGUACAUAAGAUACCUAUACAAACUUCGUGACCUUCAUUUGGACUGUGAGAAUUACACAGAGGCUGCCUACACUCUCCUUCUCCAUACCUGGCUCCUCAAGUGGUCAGAUGAGCAAUGCACAUCUCAGGUCAUGCAGACAGGACUGCAGCAAUCGCAGACACACCGGCAGCUAAAGGAGACCCUCUAUGAGACAAUCAUAGGCUAUUUUGACAAGGGAAAGAUGUGGGAAGAAGCCAUAGCCCUAUGCAAGGAGUUGGCAGAGCAAUAUGAAAUGCAAGUGUUUGAUUAUGAACUCCUGAGCCAAAACCUGAUUCAACAGGCAAAAUUCUAUGAAAAUAUCAUGAAAAUCCUCCGACCUAAACCAGAUUACUUUGCUGUUGGAUAUUAUGGCCAGGGCUUCCCUUCCUUCUUGAGAAACAAAGUGUUCAUCUACCGUGGCAAGGAAUAUGAGCGAAGGGAGGAUUUCCAAAUCCAGCUGAUGAGCCAGUUCCCCAAUGCAGAGAAGAUGAACACAACGUCUGCUCCAGGAGAUGAUGUAAAGAAUUCUCCUGGCCAAUGUAUCCUUAUAAGAAUCCUGGAUUCCCUUAAACUCAGCUCAAGUGGCACCUUCUAUACCUUUUCCAUUACUUUCAGUUGCUUUUAUAAAUCAAACUAUGUGCAGCGAUUCCACUACUCCAGGCCAGUGCGGAAGGGAACAGUUGACCCUGAAAAUGAGUUUGCUUCCAUGUGGAUUGAGAGAACAUCCUUUGUGACAGCAUACAAACUCCCAGGGAUCCUGCGAUGGUUUGAGGUGAUUGCCAUGUCCCAAGCCACAAUUAGUCCUCUGGAGAAUGCCAUUGAAACCAUGUCUACGGCUAACGAGAAGAUCCUAAUGAUGAUCAAUCAGUACCAGAGUGAUGAGAAUCUCCCCAUCAACCCACUCUCCAUGCUUCUGAAUGGAAUCGUGGACCCCGCUGUCAUGGGAGGAUUUGCAAAAUAUGAAAAGGCUUUCUUCACAGAAGAAUAUACUAGAGAUCACCCUGAAGAUCAAGACAAACUAAGCCGACUCAAGGAUCUGAUCGCAUGGCAGAUCCCUUUCCUAGGAGCUGGGAUUAAAAUCCAUGAGAAAAGGGUAUCUGACAACCUCCGUCCUUUCCAUGACAGGAUGGAAGAAUGUUUCAAGAGCUUGAAAGUGAAAGUGGAAAAGGAAUAUGGAGUCCGAGAGCUGCCUGAUUUUGAUGACAGGAGGCUAGGCCGUCCUCGGUCCAUGCUUAGAUCCUAUCGACAGAUGUCCAUCAUCUCCCUGGCCUCCAUGAGUUCGGAUUGUAGCACCCCCAGCAAGACUGUCUCAGAAAGUUUUGACCUGGAUGUAGCCUCACCAAGGACCCCAAAAAUAGAAGUGGAAGAGAAUUUCCCCCAGGGCAACACCUUGCCUGAAGUAAAGCUACGCAGAUCCAAGAAGAGAAUGAAAAGAAGUAGCGUGGUGUUUGCUGAUGAGAAGACUGUGACUGAGUCAGACAUGAAGCGAUUAUCAAGGAAACAUGAGUUCAUGAGUGACACCAACCUCUCUGAACACCUGACUCUCCCACCGAAAACAUCUGUCCUCAAGCAGAUGAGCUUUGCUAGUCAGUCAAUGCCAACCAUUCCAGCAUUGACAUUAUCAGUGGCCUCUGCUUCUGGGAUGGAUGAGGCAUGUGUAUCCCCCCGGCUCAGCCAGACCUUCUUUCUCUCUGAUGGGGACAAGAAGACCCUAAAAAGGAAAAAAGUAAACCAAUUCUUCAAAACAAUGUUGGCAUCCAAGUCUUCUGAUGAAGGAAAACAAUCUGGAGAGCGUACCCCAGAUAACCUCGCUACUGACCUCUGAUACAGCUCCAAUCUAGUGGCAGGCCUGGUCCAUUCAGGCAUCAACAGAAGAGGCCAUCCUGUGGAAGAGAAGGAAGAGUGAAAUUCAGGAUAUGGCAUCUAGGAAAGACAAUGAGAGAUCCCUCUCAACUCUGACCACAUGAAGGGGCGCCUCACUACUAACCCUGGAGACUGGGAACUAAGAUCCCCAAUCACUAUUGUCUCCUGGGGGCAAAGAAGAAGCUCUGUCCCUCAUUCACGGAAUUACUCUUGGAACACAUAGAGACAUUAUUCCUUCUUCUGAAAUUCUCCAGCACAAUAGCAGUUUUCAAGAUAUUCGGGACAAUAUUUUUAUAACACAUUUUUUUUUUACAAAAGUUUUGGGUGGGUGGGUUUAGAAUUAUACUGUCUGUAUUUUCUAAUUCCUAAUGGCUAAUGUGAUGAAUCUUUUAAAAUACUCUUUUUGAAAAAAAAAAUAAUUGUACUUUGCCUUCUAAACCUACCCUCCAGCCUCUUUAGAAAUGUUCCUUUUCUCUAUGCCAUGUUUCUUUUUCUUACUGACAAUAAAAGUGAC